GCCACACCUACUGGCUCCGCCCCUAAACAAAAUGGUGGAAUAAUUGACUCAAUCUCAAAGUUCUUUGUACCUGAUGAUGCUCCAAUCAUUACUGGGUCUAAUGAUACAGUCCCUACCACUGAUACUAUUAAUAUAUUCUCAAUAGCUUCUGGACACCUUUAUGAAAGAUUCCUAAGGAUUAUGAUGCUAAGCGUUCUGAAACACACUAAAAAUCCAGCCAAGUUUUGGUUCCUAAAAAAUUAUUUUUCACCACAAUUCAAAGAUUUCAUUCCCAGGAUGGCUGAGAGGUAUGGGUUUGAGUAUGAGCUGGUACAGUACAAGUGGCCAUGCUGGCUUCAUGGACAAACUGAAAAACAAAGAUUAAUCUGGGCGUACAAGAUAUUAUUUCUAGAUGUACUUUUUCCAUUAAAUAUUAAGAAAAUAAUUUUUGUCGAUGCCGAUCAGGUGGUUCGUACUGAUAUGAAGGAAUUGUUGGAGGAGCCAUUGGAUGGAGCACCUUAUGGAUGCACUUCUUUCUGUGAUAGUCGUACUGAUAUGGAUGGAUUCAGGUAAU